UUCACCUAUCCAAAAGCAAAGACUGGACUGAGUCUGAAUCUCUCUGAUUCAUGCCCAAGCAUGUGCAAAUGUGCACCUGAAGAGAUUAUCCACUGUAACAGAGCUGGACUGAGAUCCCUCCCUGGAGAAAUAGCAGCAUCCACUGUCUCGCUAAACCUUUCCAAUAAUUAUUUGCGGAUUCUUACCACCAACACAUUCAGAAACCUGACUUUGCUCCACAGCCUCUGGCUGGAUGGGAACAAUCUGACUUUCCUGUCCCCGGGGACCUUCCAUGCUCUCAGCAAGCUGCGAGAGCUGCACCUCAGCAGGAACUCGCGCCUCACUUACCUGCAUGCAAACACCUUCAGAGGACUAUUCAACCUCAUCAGCCUGGACUUGUCUCAUUGCAAUAUCUUUGAAAUCCAUCCACUUCUCUUUUCACACCUGCCCUCUUUAGAAAGACUUGACUUAGCCUUCAAUAACAUGCGCUAUGUCCCACAAGCCUUUAGGAACCUCUCCAGCCUGGUGAGGCUGUCCCUGGAGGGCAAUCACAUAGAAGCCAUUGGCAGAGAUUCCCUGAAGGACCUGGAAACCCUGUAUGAUCUGAAUCUCAGGAAGAACCGCAUAUGGAUUAUUCAGAGUGGUGCUUUUACAAAGCUUCCCAGAUUGGGAGUGUUAAAUUUAGGACACAAUUUCAUUGGUGAUUUGCCUAAUCAGCUUUUCAACGGGUUGAUCCAGCUCAAGACUAUGCACCUUGAAGCCAACAGAAUCACCGCUAUUGACUGCACCUUCAGAUAUCUGCUUAACUUGAGAAACUUGUACCUGAACAACAACCAAAUAUCCUCUAUUUCAGACUCUGCUUUCUCUUACUUAAACAAACUGCAUUUCCUCCACCUGAGUAAGAACAACCUCAGCUCCCUCCCGAUCCACUUGUUCACAGAACUGCCCAAACUGAAGCAUGUGUUUUUAUCUCACAACCCCUGGAAGUGUGACUGCAAGAUGUUUUGGUUUCUGCAGUGGACAGCAACGUACAGGGGAGCACUCCAAGGGCUGCACUGUGCCUUCCCGGGCCAUCGCAACAUGACAGUGCUCAGUGUCCCUCAUCCAGGGGACCAGACGGACUGCAUGGCACAACCCGAGCUGGUGAGCGAGGACAAGUGUGGGGCAGCUGGUACCAGCAUGGCUGCUGGGCCUCCUGCUCCCCCUACCAAGGUCUUCCUGCUGGUAGUCAUCUGCCACAUGUGGCAUUUGGCAAGGAGAUAGGACACCUUGGUGGCCACGCUUUGUCAGUGUUUAAAU